UUCUGAUUUCACGAAUGAUUCGUGUCUAAGCGUACUUUCAUAUUCGAUAUUAAAUCGAUAUCUAUAGAGAGAGACAUCGAUUCCAAAUUUAAUUUUUGUGACAUUUUUUAAUAGUUUAAAAUGGUGUUUUUAUAUAAGCGUGUUAUGGAUGAUUAUGAAAAACGUCUCCAAAGAAUGAAAUCAGAGGAGGAGGGUACAGAGCUUGAACUGGAAGCUCUGUACAGAAGAUACUGCGUCAGACUGAAGCACGCUCUGUUCGUGUCUGCUCUGUGCGUCACUCUGCUCUGUUGUACUGCGCUGCUCUGUGCAGUAUGCGUGCUGCAUGCACAGGAGUUGUCAUCUCAAGUGAAGGCAGUAUCGACGCUGUCAGUGACGGUGUGUGUGCUGGGAGUGGUGCUGGCUUUGGCGUUGCUACCAGCAGCUGCAGAGUGCGAGGCGCUGGCGCUGGCCGGUUCCUUGCUCGUCACACUAUGCCUCGGCGCAGGCACGCUUAUGGCAACGCAUCAUGCGCCGUUGCCGCUCUUCGCACUUAUACUGAUGGUGCAUACAAUGAUGCCUAUAGCCCGACGGAUUGCUCUGGGCAUGUCAGCGUGUCUUACACUGGCUUAUAUGGGAGUUGCUAUUGGACUGGGUCCUGCGGGCCAAGAGGAUCAAUUCUACCAACAGCUUACCUGUGAGCUGGCUCUUCUACUGUCAGCGAGCGGGAUAGGACUGUACUACCGCGUGCUAACGGAGCGCGCCCACAGGAACACAUUCGCCGGCACCAGGACGUGUCUGGAGCAACGCGUCAAGCUGGAGUGCGAGCGAGAGCAGCAAGAGAGACUACUACUGUCAGUGAUCCCUGCCUAUAUCGCAGCUGAGGUGAAAAGAUCGAUAAUGUUAAAGAUGGCGGACGCGUGCGCCGACACGUCGAAGCAAACUCGCUUCCACGAGAUGCACGUGCAGCGGCACAACAACGUCAGCAUUCUGUACGCGGACAUCGUCAACUUUACACCACUCUCUGAACGACUCAGCGCCUCAGAUUUGGUUAAGACACUCAAUGAACUAUUCGGAAGAUUCGAUCAGAUCGCCCAGGAGAACCAGUGCAUGCGCAUCAAGAUCCUCGGCGAUUGCUACUAUUGCGUCUCAGGGCUGCCAGUGUCGCGGCCAAACCACGCAUACAACUGCGUCAAUAUGGGCCUGCAGAUGAUUGACGCGAUACGGUUCGUCCGCGAGGCAACCGGUUUCAACGUAGAUAUGCGCAUUGGCAUCCACACGGGCAACGUGCUGUGCGGAGUCCUGGGGCUUCGGAAGUGGCAGUUUGAUGUCUGGAGCGACGAUGUCACGCUUGCCAACCACAUGGAAUCAGGAGGGAUUGCUGGACGUGUCCAUAUCACUAAAGCGACUAUGCUGCAGUUGGGAGGUAGAUUUGAGGUGGAACCAGGAGAAGGCGCUUCUAGGGAAGGGUACCUUGCUGACCACAAGGUGGAGACCUACCUUAUCGUACCUCCCAGGAAACCAUCAGGUGUAGCAGAGAACGGACGUCUGUCUGUGUGCACAGUAGACCGUAAGGCGAGCGUCGUCUCCUCCUUAUACCAGGACGUGUCACCGACCAAGCCGCGGGACAACAUCAGUCCUGCUCCCUCGCAGCACAGCUUUGUGGAACAGGAGCCCACUAAAGUGCUCAGAUCUGAGUCUCUACGAUAUCCUGGAGAAAUCAGUCGUAGAGCAUCAGUUAAAGUAGAAGGACCUCGCACUGUUGCUUUUGAAAAUAACACUACAGGAGAAGGACUCGGCAAUGGUGUUACAAUCAGCACUAAACCGAAGAGUCGAAGUGGAUCCAUUAUUGGUGCCAUCAGUCCUAUCAUGGGCACAGCGACUCCCGGCGUGCCUUCCCGAUCCCGUCCUUCCAGCAAGAUGACUAAAUACGUGGAAUGUUGGGGCGCUGAUAAGCCUUUUGCGAAUAUAACGGAUUCAACACUAGCUAAAAACAUCGGUAUAUCGAGCCUCGCUAUGAUAGAACAGAACCUGCUGCCGCAGCGCACGUGCUGCGAGUGCGGCGGCAGCGCCGAGGGCAUGAGCAGGGCCACGCUGUGGUUCUCGCGCGGGGACCAGGAGCGCCAGUACAGGGACCAGGCCGACGACCACUUCAAGUACAACGUGGCGUGCGCCACUGCGCUCUUUGUGCUGCUGGCACUUAUACAACUGCUCACCGUGCCUAAGAGUAUAGUAAUGUACGCGGCGUUCGGCCCCACUCUGCUGACCCUUAUUGUGUUCGUCUACUUGUCGUGGUGCGAUGGACGCUUCGCCUUCUCCGACGUCCCUGAUGAUUACGACAACUGCUAUAAACCUGGACAGGUUGUGGCUCACAAUUGCUACAUCAGAUUCACAAUGUUUCUGGUGACUGUACUUUUGAUUAGUUCCUGUGCUGUUAUUAACCUGUUCCAAACAUUCCUGGUGCAAGAAUUUCCAGAAGAAGUAUGGAGUACAAGUAACAGCACCAAUUCAGAAAACAUCACUGGAGUUCCUCUGUUCGUGGACGUCGAUUCAGCUCCGAGUUUCAUCUACAGCUCGGUGCUGACGCUGGCUUCAAUAUCAGUGUUCCUGCGCGCGGGUUUCCUCCUCAAGCUGCUCCUCAUGAUCCUCACUCUCGUCUGCCACAUCUCACUCUUCGCCUCCGCUGAACUCUUCAGCCAGUACCAGAAAGGAGAGAUAGAUACAGAGUUCUCGAUGCUGCCGUACUCCGCGAAGGCGGGGCUGGUGCUGGUGUUCCUGGCGGCGCUGCUGCACAUCCUCGACCGCCAGAUCGAGUUCACCUCGCGGACUGACUUCCUCUGGAAGGACAAGCUCAAGGUGGAGCAGGAGGAGGUCGAGACUAUGAGAGGAAUUAAUAAGAUUUUACUAGAGAACAUUCUGCCGGCGCACGUUGCUGAACAUUUCCUCACUUCGGUUGCAUCAGAGGAAGAUUUAUACCACGAGCGGUAUUCCAGCAUCGCGGUCAUGUUCGCCUCCAUCCCUAAUUACAAGGAGUUUUACGACGAGACCGAUGUCAACAAACAAGGCCUUGAAUGCCUUCGAUUGCUUAACGAAAUCAUAUGCGACUUUGAUAAGUUGUUGUUAAAACCAAAAUUCAGUUGCAUCGAAAAGAUUAAAACGAUUGGCAGCACUUACAUGAUCGCUUCAGGUUUGAGACCUGGCAAAGAAGAACAAUUGGAUGCGAACAGAAAGGAAGAGCACACGGUGGCAAUCCUCGUGGAGUUCGCGAUCGCUUUGAUGACAAUUCUAGACCAAAUAAACAGGGAAUCAUUCCAGAGGUUCAAACUAAGGAUAGGGCUGAACCACGGGCCGGUGAUCGCGGGCGUGGUGGGCGCGCAGAAGCCGCAGUACGACAUCUGGGGCAACACCGUCAACGUCGCCUCGCGCAUGGACUCCACCGGCCUCAUGGGCAGGAUACACCUCACUGACCACACCGCUAAGGUACUGAUGAACGUGGGAUACACUUGCGAGUGCAGAGGUCCAACUUUCGUCAAAGGAAAAGGCACUUUAACGACAUAUUUCGUGAAGACGCCAAACUUUACUGGUGGGAUAUAAUUUAAUAUAGAUAUCUAACUUAAUAAUUAAAUUUAAACCUUAUUCUAACCAUAUAAAGGUUAUUUUCAGUGUUUCUCAAUAUACCUUAAGAUUUUUUGUA